CAGGUUCAAAAUGACAAAUGAUAUAUAUGUACGUAUAGACAGACAAUGUUUAGUGACUGGGCAGACAUAUUUUGAAAUUAUACAAAAAGAUAAUAUAGUCCUAUUUAAAAAAAAAAAACACCAGCGGCCACCCCCGGCCCGACUAUACCUUCAAGAUCAACAACAACGGCCCUGCUUAGUUAGUAAUUCAGGUCGCAGGCCUUUAUAAUUUUAGUCAUGCCUUUGGAUGGCCGAAAGUUAGUCGUACAACAUUAUGAGGUGUACCGGUAUGCCUCAUUUAGUCAGAAACCACAAAUGGUGUUAGUCAAGCCUGUCUUUUUACGAAAUACGAGUAAUGAAAAACCUUCGUUAGUCCACAGCUGAGUUAGUCGUGACAAGCUUUAUAGGCCCAGACUAACAAAGUUAGUACCUUGGUAAAACGGGAAUUUAAUCAUGGUUUUGUAACCAAUGUUUUUACACUUUCAUUAAACCACGGUUAAAACCAUGGUUAUAUAACAAUCAUUUUCAAACUAUCAUAAAACCAUGAUUAAAAUCAUGGUGUAUAACCGUCGUUUUCAACCUUGGUAAAACGCAAAUUUAACCAUGGUUUUGUAACCACUGUUUUUACACUUUCAUUAAACCACGGUUAAAACCUUGGUUAUAUAACCAUCAUUUUCAAACUAUCUUAAAACCAUGGUUAAAAUCAUGGUUUAUAACCGUCGUUUUCAACCUUGCUAAGACGAAUGUUUAACCAUGGUUUUGUAACCACUGUUUUGACACUUUCAUUAAACCACGGUUAAAACCAUGGUUAUAUAACCAUAAUUUUCAAACUAUCAUAAAACCAUGGUUAAAAUCAUGGUGUAUAACCGUCGUUUUCAACCAUGGUAAAACGGAAAUUUAACCAUGGUAUUGUAACCACUGUUUUUACGCUUUCAUAAAACCACGGUUAAAACCAUGGUUAUAUAACCAUAAUUUUCAAACUAUUAUAAAACCAUGGUUAAAAUCAUGGUGUAUAACCAUCGUUUUCAACCAUGGUAAAACGGAAAUUUAACCAUGGUAUUAAUUGUAACCACUGUUUUUACACUUUCAUUGAACCACGGAUAAAACCAUGGUUAUAUAACAAUCAUUUUCAAACUAUCAUAAAACAAUGGUUAAAAUCAUGGUGUAUAACCAUCGUUUUCAACCAUGGUAAAACGGAAAUUUAACCAUGGUAUUGUAACCACUGUUUUUACACUUUCAUUAAACCACGGUUAAAACCAUGGCUAUAUAACAAUCAUUUUCAAACUAUCAUAAAACCAUGGUUAAAAUCAUGGUGUAUAACCGUCGUUUUCAACCUUGGUAAAACGGAAAUUUAACCAUGGUUUUGUAACCACUGUUUUUACACUUUCAUUAAACCACGGUUAAAACCAUGGUUAUAUAACCAUCGUUUUCAAACUAUCUUAAAACCAUGGUUAAAAUCUUGGUUUAUAACCGUUGUUUUCAACCUACUGCGAUUACCGCGGUACUACUGCGGUACUACCACAGUACUACUGCGGUACAAUUGAAGUACUUGUAGUACCGCGGUACUACCGCGGUACUACCGUGGUACUUAUGCAGUAGUACCGCAGUACAAUUGAAGUACUUGUAGAACCGUGGUACUAUCGUGGUACUACCGUGGUACUUAUGCAGUAGUACCGCAGUACAAUUGAAGUACUUGUAGAACCGUGGUACUAUCGUGGUACUACCGUGGUACUUCCGUGGUACUUAUGCAGUAGUACCGCAGUACAAUUGAAGUACUUGUAGAACCGUGGUACUAUCGUGGUACUACCGUGGUACUCUUGCAAUAGUACCGCGGUACAAUUGAAGUACUUGUAGAACCGUGGUACUAUCGUGGUACUACCGUGGUACUACCGUGGUACUCCUAAUCACUAAAUAUGGCUCAGAAUAUGCUUAUUAUCUGUAUCAACAUCCAUUUUUACUAAAUAAACUGGUUUUUAACAUUACAAAUUGUGAUAGCCAACAAAUUCCUCAUGUAUUUCUUGGUUUUUAAUUUCUUAUGUAUUUGUUUGAUAUUAUAUUUUUUUUGUUUUUCUUUUUAUGGAAAAAAUAUUGAACAUUAUUCAACAACUUUUAGCCCCAAAUCAAAUGAUUGCAGUGAUGAAAAAGAAAAAUAAUGAGGGUUUUGACUAUUCUUUGAAAAAAAAAACAAUUCCCACAGGAUUUGUACACAAAUUUAUAUAGGCUAAUUAAUCUUUACAUGCAAUAUGGACAUUGAACAGUAAAAUCAUGCGAUGUAAUAUGUACGCGAUUGUUUGACAAUCGUGAUCACCUGAAGGACGCAUGCGCGUAUCUCGAAAAAUCACGUGACGCGCGUGCACCUUUUUUAUUGGAUCGUAGAAAGGCGCGCGCGAUCGUCUAUUUUUCAUUCAAGAUCUCAGCUUCACUAUGCCGCCACCAGCUUCAGACGAGUUCUUCUGUCUUUUUGAAUUUGAAAGCGAUGACAGCGUCGAAAUUGGACCAUUUUCUUGGAUAUUAGACACGGACAAGGAUGUGGAUCCUGAAAGCUAUGUCGAUCAAGCUGUUGAAGUUAUGUGGGUCAGUGGCAGCAAAACGGAGAAGUAUCGAGCAACAGUGCAGUGUUGGCUGUAAAUAGUAAGAUCCAAGGAUAAUCUCAUCAGAAAAAGGAACAAGAUGUGUGACGGGCAAUCAAUGGAGACUGAUAAGGAAACUGGGAGAGGGAAGAGAAAGAAGAAACCAACACGCACAUACAUGUAUUCAUCUUCGGAGUUGGAGACGGAUGAUGAGGAGCCUCAACCAAAAGAAACAAAGAAAUCAAAAUCAAAAAUUUCACAGUGCAAUGAGAUGGCCAGGGAUCUCAGGAAGCAAAUGUUUGGUGCCAAUGAAACGAAAAAAUCAAAUGGACGUACGGCAACGGGAAGUGGAACAAGUGGUGAGAUAAUUGACCUGAAAAAGCAGUUGGAGAAAUCAAGGAGAGAGACUGAGGAUCUGCAGGUGAAGCUGACUAAGGAGAAGGCAGUUAGGGAAAAGAUACAGCAACAGCUGUUGUUUUUGCAAGGAGUGCCUAAAUUCAUCGAAACCUUUAAAGGGUUCAUAGUGGAUAUGGAGGAGAUGUCGAGACUCAAGGCUGAUCAUGAAGAGAUGCACUGUCCAUCAGGAGGGUCAUCUACAUCAUCCUCGCCCGCUCGUUCCUCGCCCGCUCGUUCCUCCACCCAGUCCUCCACCCAAUCCUCGCCAUCAUCAGCACGACCACAGGUCAUGUCAAGUCAAAGUUCCCAGGAGUGUCAUCAUCGGAAAUCCGCAUCGUUAUGCGGAACAAAGUUGGCAACGAAAUUAAGUUGGCCAAACGUAGAUCUCAACCGAAAGAGAACCAAGCCAUAGAAAACCAAGCCAAAGAAUUAAACCAAGAACCACAAGAUGAGACCGAAUGAAGCACUUUGUCAAGAUGACUAAUUAAUUAAUAAUGAGCUAAGUCUUGUUACUUACUGAUUAUCCCCUGUUCACUGUCCAGAGGAGGCAAAUUUGCGCGACCUGCCACAUUCUUCGCACCAUUCAGUGACGAGGUCAGUAACAUGGGCCUGCCGAACACUGCCAGCAUCAGAGGACUUAACAAGCACAUGCAUAUUCUGUUCCAAAUAUAAUUUAGUAUGAUCAUCAUGAUGCGACCUAUCCGAGUAUGCCAUGUUUGGUACGUUUCUGGCACUUCUGAAUCGCCCGUCGCUCCUGUGUAUUUUUUUGGUUGAUUGGAAUAUGUUUUAGACCACAGGCAUUGCUAUAAUGCUUGCUACAGACCAACAUUAAAAAAAAUAAUAAUAAUGUUUUAAUAGGGGCCAGAGUUAUCCUUAUCUGAUAUAUUAAAGGUGCUCCUGCAUCGUUUAUCAUACACACAGUGCCAUCUUGCGCACAAACUAGCCUAGUUCAAAAUGGCGAUCUGUAGCGUAGCAUCCCAACGCUUGAUGAUCUUUAACAUUUCACCUGUUUCUAAAGCUAUUUUGAUAAAAAGCUCUUCAUGGGCCAUCACAUCAAUUCUAGGCAUGUAUUGUGUUUUCCGUCCAGCUGGUACUAAUAUAUUAAAUUUUAUGUUUUGGCAUGUGGAUAUCAAAUGACAGUGCGCACGCAUCAAUCAGUGUUCUUUGUUGGCACCCUUCUAAACAAAUAAGUGUCAAGAACUUUCUUGUUGAGUAAAUUUUGAUCUGAUAAGGAAACAAUUUGAGAUUUUUUUGUGCAAAAAAUGGCAUUUAUAUAUGAUCUACGGAUAAAAGCCCAAAUUCACCUUGAAGAAUGGAAUCAAAUCAGACUAACAAGAAACUACGUCUCUUGGAAGACAUCAAAAUUUAUAUGGGGAACCUAAAUUGCCUCAAACAUGCAUUAAAAUUUGAGACAUUUGGUAUUGUUAAUCUGGUCUUUAAACAAAAGCGAAUGGAAUUAAAAUUGCUUUUGUUAUGAUUUUGAAUGACGGGAAUAUACCAAAUUAUUUCAUGUUCCUGAUUGUUCCGUACUCUAUUUGCCAAAGAUAUUGCUGAAAUGUAUUCAUUGUGUGCUGAAAAAUAACUUUGAUAAUGUGUAUGCGUUUGACGCCAUUUAUUUAAGUGGCAAAUUUCCUCUCGUCCUUUAAAAACUUUGCCUUGUGCCAAAUAACAAAGUAUGCUCAUGUAACAUUUUAAAGGCAUUGUCUUCUAUAUGUGUACACAAUAUAUUUACCCUACUUAUUUGUUGUGUAAGGUCACAUUGAUAAAGUGCUGUAACAAAUAUUGUUAUAUUAUUGAUAGAUUAUCUGUAGUAGUUAUAAAAAAGUACUAAAGUAGAGAUGUUAGAUAUCUUCAUGUUUUUGUUGCAACUCAGUACAGAUGUUUUUAACUACAGUUUUGAGAUAUUAUUGAUAGAUUAUCUGCUACAAUUUCUACAUAUAUGAUUCAUUUAUUUAUUUAUGAUUCAUUAUUUUAAAUAAUCAUAUUUUACUUCUAUUUACUUACCUUGUCAAAGAUUUUCUUUGCUCUUCAUUACCUAUAAUAUAUAUUUAUGUUCAGUUUAAUUCUCCACUCAAUUCAAUCUUUAUUUGGAAAUAAAGAUUGAAUUGACUGUAUUAUUCGUGUUAAUUAUAUAUUCAAAAAGCUGCAUCACUUCGCCGUGAUCCCUCGCAUAGGCCUAUAAAGUUGAUUCUAUCCUUUGGGUUUAUGUCAGGUUUCUAUAGCUUCUGACCAUACGAGCAUUGAAAGUUAAGGGGUUUAUGGGACGAAUUAUCGACUAGGGCCGUCCAUAGCUCAGUCGGUAGAGCACCGGGCUAGCAAUCCGGAGGUCUCGGGUUCAAAUCCCGAUGGAACCCCAUUUUCUUUGCUCUUUAUUACCUAUAAUAUAUAUUUAUGGUCAGUUUAAUUCUCCGCUCAAUUCAAUCUUUAUUUGGAAAUAAAGAUUGAAUUGACUGUAUUAUUCGUGUUACUUGUCAAAGAUUGGAAGGAACUUGAUUGAUGUAUGUUUUUGUUCCAACUUGGAUACAAGUACGUGUUUUACAACUCAACAGUUCUUGAAAAUUUUAUAGACUUUAUAUGAAGCGUAAUCUCAACUUGCCUUUACCAUAAACAUUGUGCUCGAACCUAAAACUCGUUAGUCAUAGUAGUUAUAAAAAAGUACUAAAGUAGAGAUGUUAGAUAUCUACAUGUUUUUGUUGCAACUCAGUAGAGAUGUUUUUAACUACAGUUUUGAGAUAUUAUUGAUAGAUUAUCUGCUGCAAUUUCUACAUAUAUGAUGCAUGUGUUUAGUUUUAAUGGUUUUAAAUAAUCAUGUUUUACUUCUAUUUACUUACCUUGUCAAAGAUUGGAAGAUUUAUGUUUUUGUUGCAACUUUGAUACAAGUACGUGGACAGUGUUUUACAACUCAACAGUUCUUGGAAAUUGUAUAGACUUUUUAUAUGAAGCGUAAUCUCAACUUGCCUUCACCACAAACAUUGUGCGUGAACCUAAAACUCGUUAGUCAUAGUUGUUAUAAAAGUACUAAAGUAGAGAUGUUAGAUAUCUUUGUUUUUGUUGCAACUCGAGUACAGAUGAUUUUCACUACAGUUUUUAUCAUGUAAAAUAUUAAGCAUAUAACUUUAACUUGCCUUUACUUCAACCAACCAUUCAGCCAUUGUGUGUGCUAAAACUUCAGGAAUCCCGUUACCUCAACCAACCAUUUAGCCAUUGUGUGUGCCAAAACUUAGUCAUGUUAGUAAGAAAGUACAUGAUUACAGAUGUUAAAACAUAUAUAUAUAUAUAUAUAUAUAUAUACAUAUCUCAAAAUAAACUUUUAAUAAUAUUAA